AUGGCUACGCCCCCGGAAUCUCCCGUGGAGGAGCACGCUUAUGAACUUGAACCGAACCGAGCACCGAAACCGAUACCAGUAGCCCUUGAAGAGUUGUGCAGACAGACCAAGUUCUCCAAACAGGAGAUCAGGGUUAUGUACAGGGGAUUCAAGACGGAAUGUCCGGAAGGUGUGGUCCACGAAGAUUCAUUCAAAGACAUCUACGCCAAAUUCUUUCCACACGGAAACUCAGCGUUGUACGCACAUUAUGUCUUCAAAGCUUUUGACGUCAACUGCAGUGGAGCUAUCAGUUUUAGAGAAUUAUUGGUGACACUCUCGACUCUUCUUCGAGGGUCUGUGUACGAGAGAUUGAGGUGGGCAUUCAGGUUGUAUGACGUGGAUGGAGAUGGAGCUAUCACCAGGCAGGAACUGGCUGAGGUGGUGGUAGCUGUUCACGAGCUGCUGGGUCGCCGGGCGCCGCCGGGCUCACCCGCAGCGAGGCUCGAUGAUGCGAAGGCUAACGAACAGGUGGACCGGGUGUUCAGGAAGCUGGACCUGAACCAGGACGGCGUCAUCACCAUCGAGGAGUUCCUCGAGUCGUGCCUCAAGGAUGACGUCAUCACGCGCUCGCUGCAGAUGUUCGACACGGUUUGUUAA